AUGUUCCCUCGCGCUUCCGCUUUCCGCCUGGCCCAACGAACCGGCGCCCCCGCCAUCCGGUCCUCGCCCGUCCGGUCUGGUGUUCUCCAGCGCCGCUUCAACAGUACCGAGCAGAAGGUUCCCACACUCCCCGACAAUGCCUUCAACCGUGAAAGAGCUUCUGUGAAGGCCCAUGCCGCUGCUACCAGUGACUUGUGGCGGAAACUCUCCAUCUACGUUGUCGUACCCGUCGUCAUCCUUGCCAGCGUCAAUGCCUAUAACCUAUGGAAUGAGCAUUGGGAGCACUGGGACCACAUGCCACCUUUGGAAGAGCGGGUAGAAUACCCUUACCAGAACAUUCGAAACAAGAAUUACCCAUGGGGUGAUGGUGACAAGACCUUGUUACAGGAGACGGGGGAAGGUCAUGAUCUCAAGAAUCUCCAUCAGAUCGAUAUAUUCCCCCUGCACUUGCAUGAGCGACUUUUCGCUGACCAGGAUACGUUCACAGCUGGAACUCUUCCGUAA